AUUAAACUCUCCACUUACCGUGCGAGGGUGCGAACAAAGUCAGUUAGGAACCUUUUGCGAUUAGGCUGUGGUCGGUUCCCCCCCCCACCUUUCUCGUAUUUUCAGAUUUUUUUCCAGCUUACUCCCCCUUCUCAAUAAGUAUUUUAGGAAAGCGACUCAGCGGGGGCUAGCUACUGUAUUCUCAUCGGUAGCUAUCUUAACGAAGUCACAGCUGCUGGACCUGCCUGUAGUCGAGCAGCACCGGUAGCUCGCCGAAAUAGUUUGCGCUGCCGUUUUUUUAUUUGGAAAAGAAAACCUCUGCUGCCUCAGCUUCUUCUGAAACUCAAGUGACAUCUUGAUCGUCCGACUGGUCGGCAGGACGCGCUUGGGGGGGGGGGCUUUCUUUUUUAUACUUUAGAAAGGAAACGGAUACAGUUUUCAUAGCUCGCUGACUGUGUGCACUUUGCGUGCAGCGAACCGGGGUUUUGAGUACGCAGAUCUCGCAGAAGUCGAGGCACAGAGUCGGCUAAAACCAGCAGAUCAAUGUCCAGGGGUACAGGGAAACGGAAAAAACAUGGGCUGAAGAUCCCAGAUGAAGCCUUCAAGCAGAAAGAGUUGAACCCAGUGCCUAACCUGGACUCCAGGACCUUCAUUACCAUAGGUGACAAGAACUUCGAGGUGCAGGCUGAUGACCUCGUGUCGCUGUCGGAGCUGGGCCGGGGUGCCUACGGCGUGGUGGAGAAGGUGCGCCACGCGCAGAGUGGAACCAUCAUGGCGGUGAAGAGGAUAAGAGCCACAGUGAACAGUCAGGAGCAAAAGAGGCUACUGAUGGACCUGGACAUCUCCAUGCGAACAGUCGACUGCCUCUACACGGUCACCUUCUUUGGGGCCUUAUUCAGAGAGGGGGACGUGUGGAUAUGCAUGGAGCUGAUGGACACAUCACUGGACAAAUUCUACAAAAAAGUGAUAGAGAAGGGGAAGAAGAUUCCAGAGGACAUCCUGGGCAAGAUGGCCGUCUCGAUCGUUAAGGCCUUAGAGCAUUUGCACAGUAAGCUGUCUGUGAUCCACAGAGAUGUGAAGCCCUCCAAUGUGCUGAUCAACAAGGAGGGUCACGUGAAGAUGUGUGAUUUCGGGAUUAGCGGGUACCUAGUGGACUCCGUGGCCAAGACGCUGGAUGCCGGCUGCAAGCCCUACAUGGCGCCAGAGAGGAUCAACCCCGAGCUGAGCCAGAAGGGCUACAACGUGAAGUCAGAUGUGUGGAGUUUGGGGAUUACGUUGAUCGAGCUGGCCGUCCUGCGCUUCCCCUACGAGUCGUGGGGCACGCCCUUCCAGCAGCUGAAACAGGUGGUGGAGGAGCCGUCGCCCCAGCUGCCUGCCGACCGCUUCUCCAGGGAGUUCGUGGACUUCACCAACGGCUGUUUGAAGAAGAAUCCUGCAGAAAGACUAAACUACCUUGAACUCAUGGAGCAUCUUUUCUUCAAAGGUCACGACUCCAAGGAAACGGAUGUUGCCUCUUUCGUGAAAGAGAUCCUGGACGACGGCCUCAACUGAACCUCUGCUGCUGUUUCUCGUUGAAAUGUGCAUAUUACCCUUCCUCCUCCUCAUUGUUAUUUUGUCAGAAAGAUGUAAUUCUAGAGAAAAAAAGCCACAAACGAUUAAGAAGGUGUUGAAACGGUCUCAAGUUAUUUUACAAUAUUUACUCAUAGACACCAGGACAUACUAAUACAGCUUAAUAUCACGGCAAUAUUCCUUUUCGGUCUUUUUGUUUUUGUUUACAGUUCAGGCCAACAGAAGAAUCUUUUUCUUUUUGUCGUUCUUUUGCCCCCCCCCCCCCGUUGGUAGAAUCCCUCCUUGAGCUAUGAGGUAAUGCGCCUGAGCCCUCGGCGGCAAAGUCGAGUGCAUCAGCUGAGUUGCACAAGCACAUCUGCACACACUCACAUGCGUGUAAAUAAACGCGGCUCCUCCUCCUCCUCCUCCUCCUCCUCCUCAAGUGCCCUGCAGGAGGCGCCCUUCUCUGUGAUCUGGAAGUAUUGCUUUGAGUGUGUUGUUGAAUGUAUCCACGAUGUCUGUAUAGGGUGGGUGUUUUUCUGAGACUUUAGGUGUUUAAUUUAUUUGAACCUGUUCUUGUAUUUGGGUAAAAUGAGGGAAAAGAGCAUUAUGUUUAAGUUACACAGGGCUAUUUUUCUAGGAACUUAAAUGUGAGAUGUUCUUCAUGUUAAGCAGAUAUUCUUUUUCUUCUGUGUGAUGUUUUAAGCACUGUUUCACUGCUUGGACUGCGAUGGAGAGCGGCGAUUGAAUAAAAAUAGGGAAUAUCCAGAUUGAUUGCUAAGUUAGCACAUGACACCAAACAAAAACAAACCCAAUAUGGACUCUGUUCCCAAGCACCAUGUCUGCAAACAAUCUCAUAUGAGAGCACAUGAUGGGUGACCAAUUCUAAGUGAUUCUUCGUUUAGUUCUUUUUUUGGGUGUGUGGUCUGUAGGGGGCGCUGUUUUUCACGGCAUGGUUCAAGGAUCAUCCGUUUAUGGAGGAAUACACUAAAUCAGUAUUUGCAUUAGUAGUAACUUUACGACUUUGCUAACCCUUCUACAGACCCCACCUUGUCUCCCUUUCAUGAUCAAGUCACACAGUCGAAGGCCCGCCUUACAGAAAUGGAAAUUUGACCUCUGCUUUUAUAGCCUAGUCCUUGGUCUUGUACGUUCUUGGUGGUGUGAUAUUCUCUUUGGAUGUCACGCCGCUAGUCCUUACCAUGAAUCUUCAUGCACGGUAAGGGCCCCUGGAGGCAUGCUGCAGCUUCAGGGCCGAGGCAGGCCUCUGGGCUGCCGGUGUCUCUGUGGAGGCCUGCCGCAUUGCCAAGAAGUUUCACUUUUGCCUUCAGUUUUUUGAUCCCUGCCGAGCGUCCCUGAGGUGCCCUGCACAGAUGUGCCUUUGUAGGCGCGGUGUUCCUGCUAUGCUCCACAGAAGGGGGGGCGCCAAGUAGAGGAGAAUGGCCUCCCCAGAACCACGUGUACCUGAACUGCUGCCCGACCCGGCCCAUCUCAGCCCUGCCGUCGGCAUAAACCACUUUCUGUCUGUCACGAUAAUGUGAGAGCUGGGGCCGGACCACACUGGCCAUUUGAGGGGGAGCUAUUGUAAAGAUUAGCUAAUUAGAUAAUGGAUUUUAAUUAGAUAAUCUAUAUAUUUAUGUACAAAAUAAAUGAAAAUUUAAUUUCAUGGAUUUGUCUAAAGUAUUGACAAAUAAAUUGGUUUUGAUGGA